UGACGACGCUGAUGACGCGGAGCUGUUUGGCGCGGAAGUUUGUUUUGUAACUUCGGUGUUUGGUUGUCUGUGGCUGCUCAAGAAAAAUGAUGCGCAAAAAGCGACGCUCCUCCGUGGAAAAGGGAGAGGGGGCUUCUGCAGCACCCAAGUUGAAGAAGAGUCGCAGCGCUGGUCGCCAGGCUAAGGAAACUGCUCCAGAAGAGGCGAAUCAGUGUGUGUUUGCUGACUUUGUGAGAGUGGCAGGUGUCACCUUAAAACAGGGUGGCGUGCCUAACGAGAUUGGUGUUGACCAAAUAGUGUUCCAGAGACGGAUACAGCAGAAACUUCAGAAGAGUCCCAGGUACCCUGGUAUCGUACAGGAAUUUGUCACCGGAUUGGAGUCAUAUAUGGAGAAUGCCGACAGGUUUAGGAACUGCCUUCUUCCAUGUGCCCCACAGUUGGUGGAUGGAGACUCCAGUUCUGUCAGCUCAUUCCAGGAAAGUCUGCUGCGUAUGCUGUUGGGCAUUGAGAUGCUACAGACUUUGAUCAUUAACACCUUGCUUGAGAAACUCCCUGAGUAUAUGCUUGAUGGCACUGGCGAUGGAGGAGUCAGUAUCCCGCGCAUAAUUAUUAACCAAUUUAAAUGGUUAGACAGAGUUGUGGACGCCAAGGAACUGGCAUCGAAGCUCAUGGAGCUGGUGUCGGUAGCUCCAGUGGAGGUUCAGCGUGACAUCAUCACCAGUCUACCAGAGAUACUGGAAGACUCCCAGCACAAUGACAUAGCCAGGGAGCUCAACUCUUUACUCCAGGAGAACACUCAGUUGACUGUCCCCAUCCUGGAUGCCCUCUCCAGUCUUAACCUCACUUCCUCAUUACUGAUGGAGGUCCGUGGAGCUGUUAUGGCCACUUUGGCUGCUGUGCAGCUGGAGGACCUACCUGUAGUGGUCAAGUUCAUCCUGCACUCCGUGUCAGCCUCUGAUGCAUAUGAGGUGGUGUGUAAUCUUCGUAAAAAACUGGAGCUGGAGCAGUGUGUCCUCCCUCCUGUGUUGCAAGCGUCUCAGACUCGUAUGAAUAGUCAAGUAGCAGCAGGGUCUGCUUCCACGGCAGCAGCUGGCAGCAGCCAGGACAGCAUCAUGUUGAUACUGGACUGCAUCAAGUCAGCAGUGCGAUUCCAGAAAACCAUUUCUGAGGCUUGGCUCAAGGCCAUAGAGUCUGUGAAUGAAGUGGAGGACUUUAAGGUAAUGGAUCUGCUUGUGCUGCUCAUCCUUCACUCCGCCAAUGCCAACCAGAGCCGACGUGGAGCAGAAAGAGUGCUGAAGAUCAAAGUGAGAAGUGGACUGAUCCAAGAGGCUCUACUGCAGAAAACCUUCAGAGACUACGCUCAGGCCAUGCGAGGGUACUUCUCCUCCACACUGGCUUUAGCUCAGAGUUUGCUCCGCUCACCUGACCCCUGCGUAGUGCCUUUUGGUGGACACAUGUACCGACAGGCAUUCACUGCGUUUGACUCUUACUGCCAUCAGGAGGUGGUGGGCUCUCUUGUGACCCAUGUGUGUAGUGGUGUGGGUGGAGAAGUGGACGUGGCUCUGGAGCUGCUCUGUGGUCUGGUUAACGAAAAACCCUCGGAAAUGGCCAUGUAUGCCGUUUUUGUCAAGGGAAUCUUGGACUACAUGGACAACCUCACUCCCCAGCAGAUUCGAAGACUUUUCCAGCUUCUGAGCAGACUGGCCUUUGGACAGAAACAAGGCUCUCACAUUCAGGAUGAUAUGCACAUAGUGAUCCGCAAACAGCUCUCCAGCACUGUGCCCAAGUAUAAGCGUAUUGGCAUCAUUGGUGCUGUCAUGAUUGUAGGCAGCAUGGGGGCCUUCAGGCCCAAAGGGAAGGAAUCACAGAAUGGGUCACUGUCCCAGGAGACAUUCAGACAGGUGACGGCUCUGUUGGAGCUGGUGAAGUCGAGCAGUGAAAGCUCACCUGAAGCUGCAGCUCUUUAUUAUGAUGAACUGGCCAACCUGAUUUUGAACUCCACUCUGGACUCACAGGUCCAGGACAUGAUUGGAAAAAGUGUCCUUCAAGACUUCGAGGAUAACUUUGUAGUGGACGUGGGCCCGGAAAUAUCAGGGUCCUUUCCCUUUCCGGCUUCCGUGGCGUACAAGUUGUAUGAAGAUGAGGAUCAGGGAGGCAUUGCCAUAAACCUGCUGCCUCUGCUGGCCAAAGACCUCCAAAACAAAGGAGAGCAGCAAAAUCAAAUCAAUAAGGCACAGAAGCGAGUUUCUCCUCUGUGUUUGUCUCCAUUUUUCCGUCUCCUGAGGCUGUGUAUGGAAAAGCGGCAUCAGGGAGACUUGGAAGAGAUCGAUGGCCUUCUGGGGUGCCCUCUGAUCCUGACGGACAUGGAUGUAGUAGAGAAAGUUGAGAGCUUGUCAAAAGCUGAGAGGGAGUUCCUCUGUACUUUGCUCUUUCACACCAUCAACUGGUUCAGAGAGGUGGUGAAUGCAUUCUGUACACAAAAAGACACUGAGAUGAAGAUGAGAGUGCUGACUCGCCUGCAGAACAUCACUUACCUUCAGACGCUGUUGGAAAGAGCUCUGGCAGGAACACCCGGCUAUGUCCCACCUAUUGCUAACUUUGACGGAGAAAGCACAGACAGCAUUGCACCGAGUUCCACUGUUCAGAUGAAUAAGACAAAGAAAGAUGGCACAGGAAAGAAAAAGAAGGCCCCUGCUAAGAAUUCCUCAGAAGGCAGCUCACAGGCUGAAGAGGUGACAGAAGCAGAUGAAACUCAACAGGAGCAGCCAGAAAAGGAGAAGGAGAAGGAGAUCCGGCCAGGUGUCAGCCUGGCGUCUUACAGACCGUUUUUUAGGGAGCUGGACAUAGAGGUGCUUAGUGUUCUGCAGUGUGGCUUACUAUCACGCUCGCUACUGGACUCUGAGCUCCACACUAAGGUGCGAGAGGAGGUUCUGCUGGGUCCUGCUGAGCUCGUCUUCCUCUUGGAGGAUAUGCAUCGCAAAUUAGAGUUUAGUCUCACUGCUUCUCCGGCCAAAAGAGCUCCUUUCCUCAAAGGAAGAACUGAUAAGAGUGUGGGCUUCUCCCACCUCCAACAGAGGAGCUCUAAGGACAUUGCCUCUUAUUGUGUCCAACUUAUGCCUGCUCUCUGCUCACACCUGGAGAACUGCCACAACCACUUUCAGCUUCUGCUAUCCGAGAACAACGGCGUUGUUGAUGGACCUGCCACAGAUGUGCAAGAGCAUCAGUUAAUGUCUUCAGCCUAUCAGUUGCUCCUGCAGGUCCUGAACACUACCUUCAGCUGGUCUGGAUUUAGUCAACUAGGACAGAGGAGCUUACUGAAGAAAGCUAUAGGAGUUUUUGCUGGACGACUCAAAGAGGGAGGUGCUGAGCUGACCCUGGAGCAGCUUGUGAAACAUAGUUUUGAAUAUCUGCUCAACUUCCGCAGCACAGUGCCUAAUCUCACCACAGCUCUGUGUCUCUCUCGGCUUCUCUCCACCGUGUCAGAGAAAGGAGGAAAUCCUGCUGCCUACAGAGAGCAGACUGCUGUCCUUGCACAGCGUUUCUUGAGCCAGGACUGGGUAACAGCCAGUGGGGAAAAGGAGCGAGGCACCAAAUUCAAUGAAGCACUUCACACUCUCCUCAGCAUCUACCUGGAGCAUGUUGAUGAUGUUCUAAAGGCUGUGGAAGAAAUAGCUGGUGAAGGAAUUCCAGAGCUUCUCAAUGCAUCAAAAGAUGAGAGCUCUGCUUCCUGGCCCACUCUCAGUAGGCAGACAUUCCUGGUGUUCUACAAAGUGUUAAUGGCAGAGCUUGAGAAAGCUGUCCGCAAGAUUCCUGCUGGCAAAAUGAGUGACACCACUGAGGUUCAGAGUGAGAAACUGCUGACAUGGAACCUGGCUGUCAGAGAUUUUCACAUCCUUGUCAACCUGGUUAAGGUCUUUGAUUCUCGGCUAGUCCUCAAUGUGUGCUUAAAGUAUGGGCGCCUUUUCUUGGAGUCUUUCCUGAAGCUGGGGAUGCCGCUUUUAGACUACAGUUUCAAAAGGCACAAGGAGGACGUCCAGAGCUUGCUGAAGACCUUCCAGCUCAGCACUCGGCAGCUCCAUCACAUGUGUGGACAUUCAAAGAUUCAUCAGGAUACCAGCUUAACCAACCACGUACCAGCCUUGAAGAAAAGCCUCGAGCUGUUUUUAUAUCGAGUGAAGGCCAUGCUGACCCUGAACAAUUGUCAGGAGGCCUUUUGGAUGGGUAACCUGAAGAAUCGCAACCUGAAGGGUGAAGAGAUUCUUUCUCAGAGGUCACAAGAAGAUGAUGAUGAGGAGGAGGAGGAGGAGGAGCAAGGUUCACCACCUGCACAGGAGCAGUCAGAAGAUGAGGCCCAGGACAGUGACUCUGAGGGAAAUAAGAAGGUUAACAGAAUGGCGGAUGUGGACCAGGAUGAUGUUUCAGAUGACUCGGAGUAAUACUUCUUUACUGACAGAAUAAUAAAUUGUUAUUUUUUUUUUUUUUAAAUAUUUGGGGUAAAUCCUUAUUUACAGAUAAAAGCUUCCCGUUUCUGUUGAUUUAUAAAGCAUGCCUAAUAGGUAAGUUAUCGCACUAGGUUACAGUGUAAAAAUAGUGUUUAUAUUUGUUUAAAAGCAGAAGAUGAGUUUGUUAUUCAGGAUUAAAUAUAUUCCAUGUGUUAUAUUUUAAAAUGCUUACCACUUAAAUGAUUCUUGUAAAA